AUGGCACAGAUGAUGGCGUCCUUGCAACCUUUGCGCUCAGGAGCCCCUCCCGUAUCUGCAGAAGAGCGUGCUCGAGUAUAUGCUGACUGGGAGAAGUGGCGGCCGGAAUGGAUCAAGAGAAGAAAAGUGUUCACGACACUCUGGCAACUGGCGACGGACCCUCUGCCUCCUCAGGACGCAAAAAAUCUGGAAGACGAUCUCGGAAUCGAAAGGGACUCGCCUGAACACGCCGCGUUGGAGAAGGGCCCUCUUUGUGCACAGGCUAUCAAUCCUCUAAAGCGCAAGCGUUAA